AUUAAUCAUUGAACAAUGGAUAGAGAACAAGAGCAGAUGCAAUUUUUAGGCCUUUUUGGCAUCUUCAAAGAAAGCUACAAAACAAUCAUCUCAUGGAGAAAAAUCUUUACUCAAAUCACCCUAACCCUUAUCCUUCCUCUAACUUUCAUCUUCCUAGCACAAAUCGAGAUUUCAAAUUUACUAGUUCAAGAUAUCGAACAUACCGAAUUUGAAAAGGAAGACACGCAACGUUUUACGAAAAGGUACGACAAUCUUUCUGACAAGAUCUCAUCAGAAUGGACAACCUUUAUACUAUUCAAGGUUGUGUACAUCGUUGUCUUUCUUAUCUUAUCUCUUCUAUCAACAGCUGCAGUCGUCUACACGAUUGCAUCUGUCUACACAGGACGUGAGUUGACUUUUAAGAAAGUCAUGAGCGUCGUCCCAAAAGUUUGGAAAAAACUCAUUGUCACCUUUUUGUGCAAAUUUACAGCCUUUUUUAUAUACAACUUCUUCGCCAUACUUUUCAUGUUUAUUUGCGAGUUUUUGGUUCCUUACCCGUUUGGUACCAUCCUGUUCUUCGUGGUCUUAGUCAUGUACGUGGUGGGAUCGCUCUACAUGAUCGUUUGUUGGCAACUAGCAAGCGUGGUCUCGGUUCUUGAGAGUUCAUAUGGGUUUAGUGCUAUGGCAAAGAGCAACAAUCUGAUUAAGGGAAACAAAAUGGUGGCUAUUACAAUUUUAUUUUUGUUGAGUUUGUCAUUUAUUCUCAUAAACAUACUAUUUGAAUUGCAUGUGGUGCAUGGAUCAUUGGAAGUAUGGAAGAGGGUAGGGUUAGGUGCUUUGUGUUUCAUAUUGCUUUUGAUUGCUAAUCUCUUCGAGCUCGUAAUCCAUACGAUAUUGUAUCUCGUUUGCAAAUCGUAUCAUCAUGAAAACAUCGAUAAAGGAGAUUUGUCGAAUCAUCUCGAAAGUUAUCUCGGCGAGUAUACACCUUUGAGUGGGAAAGAUAUUCAACUAGAGCAAUAUCAAGUUUGAGUUUGGUUAUAUCAAAUUUAUAUGAUCAUGUUGUGACUCCUUACAUUCAUAAUACACCCAUUUAUGGUUUAAGUUACAUUUUUCUUCUCUUGUAUAUAGUUAUUGUAACAAAAUAAAUCAUUUGUUUUCUCAAUCUUAAAAAUUAUUAAUAUUA